AUGGAUUAUUUCUUCAUACUGAGGCGUGACCAGCGGGACGUGCUGGUGACAAAGGAGAUUCCGGGUGCUGAUCGGUGGGCCGACCAUCGCCUAACCAUCUCCGAGAUUCGAAUUCGCCUAGAGCAUCGCAGGAGGCCUCAAGAUAAGCACCCCCGAGGUAAGCUGAAUAUUGCUCUGUUGUCUCUGCCAGCUCACCACCUGCAUUUCAGCAAUGACCUGGCUCAAAGGCUAGCCAACCUUCCAGUCGCCGCCGACGAGGAUGCUCCUAUGAAGAACCAAUGGUGUCAACUGCGGGACACAGUGCAGUCAACGGCUCUGGUUGUCCUCGGUCGCGCAGGACGCCAGCACCAGAACCGGUUCGAUUAUAGCGACGCAGCCAUUGGAAACCUGCUCGCCGAGAAGAACCGCUUGCACAAAGCCUUCAUCGACCUCCCCACCGGCCACAACAGAACUGCUGUCUACCGUCAUCGCCCGCUUGUGAAACACCGGCUGUGCGGGACGCAAGACGCCUGUAGGGUUCUCAAGACAGAGGAAAUCCAAGGGUACACGGAGCGCGACGAAUGGAAAAGUGCUUCACCGUGA